UCUUAAUGAUAUGCUGUGUAAAGCGUAGGUCGUAUCACACCCAUUCGAGCUGUUGUUUUGCUGUAUUAAAUUUUUAUACUUUUCUUAGCUUAUAUAUACACAUCUCUGUAUUUAUCAUAGUCCUGCUUAAGAUCAUCUUAAAAAAAAAAAAAGGAGGAUUCUCUUCUCUCUACAGAUUUCAUCAUAUGGAGGAUCCGAAAGAGAACAAGAACGCGCCAUGGCUAUCAGUACCACAGUUUGGAGACUGGGAUCAGAAAGGAGGAACGAUCCCUGAUUACUCAAUGGAUUUCUCAAAGAUCAGAGAGAUGAGGAAACAGAACAAGAGAGAUCCUUCUCGAGCCAGUCUUGGCAACGAGGAAGACCUCAUUAACCCUUUUCAUAAUCAACCCACUUCCUCUGAUACUACUAAGGCUAAGCUCACCACUGUCCACAGUGACAACAACAACAACAGCAACCACAAUGGUUUCUCUCACCACCACCCACAUUCUCCAUCUACGAGGAGAGGAAUCUUCAGCUGCUUCAACUGCUGUGUUAAAGCUUGAAGGUAGACGAGGAGUGGAAACUUGAGUUGUUUCGAUUAUUUAUAAUGAUAAUAAUAAGAGAUAACAAUGAUUGAAGAUAGAAGUGAGAAAUGGUAGUGACACCUUUUCACAUAUAUUUCUUAAGGAAGCAGCACUCAUCAAAGUUUGUCUGUUACUGUUAUCUUACAAUGCCUGUCUAACUAUGUUUUGGUAAAUGUGAUAGCGUAGUUAACUUUUCUUUGUUGUUGUUGUUGUUGUAAUUUUUGGUUUUAUUUAGACAAUGUGUAAUGCAGAGCAGAUAUGUGAUACAUUACUUUUUUCUUAUCUUUCAAA